CGGAAGAGCGAUAUUUGUGGUUAGAAAUGUGAUUGGAAAAAUAGAGGCAUGGUGUUUAAGGAAUAUAUGUCAGUAGGAACUAAAGAGGAGCUGCAUGAUGGGAAAUCAAGAGUUAGAGGAGGUGUUUGUUGCUGUAAUUCGACCAAAGAACACAGCCAGUCUCAACUCCAAAGAGUACCGAGCUAAAUCCUUUGAGAUUUUACUGUUUGAAGUUCCCCUGGAGGGUAAAGAGAAAAAACGGAAGAAAGUUCUGCUUGGCAUCAAAAUUCAAGCAGACAGCGACCGUACAAUGUCUAUUCUGGAGUAUGUUGACGAAACCACCAAGCCCAUAUCCAAUAACAAGGGCAUAAUAGGAAAACGUGUCUUGCACAUGAAGAAGUUCCCAUUAGAUGGGGACAGAGAAGGGAAGGAGGCCUCAUUAUUUAUUGUGCCAGUCAAUGUCAAAGACAACAGCAAGUCUGUUUAUCAGCCUGGGAGCCCCAGUUUCUACUGCCUUCAGGACAUUAUGCGUGUAUGUAGUGAAACCAGUGCCCAUUUCUCCUUAAUUACCUCAAAGAUGCUGCUUGCCCUGGACAAGUGGUUAGCAGAGCAGCACACGGUGCCUCACGCAAUUCCUGUGCUGUUCCGGCCGACUCCGGUAGACCGCGUGAAGACUAACGUGAACAACCCGGCCCAUGCCGUGGAGAGCAAACAGACCGAGGGUCAACUGUACAUGGGCUACACGGCUCUGGAGAUCAAGAGCAAGAUGAUGUCCCUGGAGAAGGCUGACAUGUGUGUUGAGAACCCACUCUAUGGGUCAGAUCUGCAGUACACUAACAGAGUGGACAAAGUCAUCAUUAACCCUUACUUUGGCUUGGGAGCACCAGAUUAUUCCAAAAUCCAGAUUCCAAAGAGAGAUAAAUGGCACCACAGUAUGACCAGCAUCACAGAAGACAAAGAGCGUCAAUGGGUGGAUGAUUUUCCCCUGCACCGCAGUGCCUGUGAAGGAAACACUGAGCUUCUCUCCAAGCUGCUGGACAGCGGCUUCUCUGUUAAACAGCUUGACAGUGAUCACUGGGCACCCAUUCACUAUGCAUGCUGGCAUGGAAAGGUGAAGGCCACAAAGCUUCUGUUGGAGAAAGGGAACUGCAACCCUAAUCUGCUGAAUGGGCAGCUGAGCUCUCCUUUACACUUUGCAGCAGGUGGAGGUCAUGACGAAAUUGUACAGCUCCUUCUGCAGCACCCAGAGAUAGACAGGCACAUCGAAGACCAACAGAAACGAUCCCCCCUUCAAGUAUGUGAAGAGAACAAGCAGAAAAACUGGGAGAAGACAGUGAAACUCCUACAACAAGCCAACAAUAAAUCAUAUGAGAAGGUGAGAAUUUAUCGCAUGGAUGGAUCGUACCGGUCGGUAGAGCUGAAACAUGGGAACAACACAACCGUGCAGCAAAUCAUGGAGGGCAUGAGACUGUCGCAGGAGACACAACAGUAUUUCACAAUCUGGAUCUGCUCCGAGAACCUCAGUCUACAGCUGAAGCCAUAUCACAAGCCCUUGCAGCAUUUACGGAUCUGGAGGGAGAUAGUGAUUGAUUUCACUGCUCUGGAUCCCCAAAGGGAAACCCCACAGCUCUUCCUGCGCAGAGAUGUUCGGCUGCCCUUAGAGACAGAAAAAAAGGUUGAGGAUCCACUGUCCAUCCUCAUCCUCUUUGAUGAAGCUCGCCACUGUCUCCUAAAAGGCUUCCUCUCAGCAUCAGACAGCAAGCUCAUCACUCUCGCCAGCCUCCUCCUGCAGAUUAUUUACGGCAACUACGACAGCAAGAAACACAAACAGGGAUUUUUGAAUGAGGAAAACCUGAAAUCCAUAGUUCCAAUCUCAAAAGUUAAGAGCAAAGCACAUCAUUGGACCAACAGAAUACUUCAUGAGUACAAGAGCCUGAGCACUAGUGAGGGUGUGAGUAAAGAAAUGCACCAUCUCCAGAGACUCUUCCUGCAGAACUGCUGGGAAAUCCCCACCUAUGGGGCAGCUUUCUUCACUGGGCAGGUCUUCACUAAGGCCAGCUCCAGUACCCACAAGGUCAUCCGAGUAUAUGUGGGUGUGAACACCAAAGGACUGCAUCUUAUGAACAUGGAGACAAAAGUGCUCCAUCUCAGUCUUGAGUAUGGUGCAUUUAUGUGGCAGCUGGGUCAGGCCGACCAGUAUGUCCAAAUCCACAGUCUAGAGAACAAGAAAAACUUUGUAGUGCACACCAAACAGGCCGGCCUUAUUGUCAAGCUGCUGAUGAAAUUGAGUGGACAGAUUACACCAAAUGACAGAGCCACUUUAGAUAAAUAUGCUUAUGGUUAACCCCUUCAAAGAGAAGCACAGAUGAACCAUGUCCUUGCCUUUUGCCCCUUGCCUUUUUUGCAGUUGUUUUGAUUAUUUUAUGCUGUUAUUAAAACUACUCGAGUUGUUUUUACCAAAAAAUUACAUAUGAUAAUAAAUGUUAACCUAAUUUACCAUGUAAUAUUUUCUUACUGUAUAUGCUAUUAUUUACAAAUUUUACAAUGUCAUAAUAAAUUUGUGCUUUUGACAGGUUUUGUAAAUAUGAAUGACACCAUUUUAUUAAAAAACAUUACUUGACACAAAGAGUUUUUGUGAAUAAAACAAAAAAAUAAUUU